AGCCCCGCGAGUUUGGGCGCCCCGCAGGGCGCUCGGGUAACAGGAGCCGGGGCUGCUCGCGCCCAGUCCACGGCCAGCACGGUACCCUGGCCUCAAGGUGCCGUUGCGUCACACCGCUCUCGCUGCGCGGAUUGGCUCCUCCCGAGGGCCCCGCCCCCUCAGCUCUAGCGGGGCCGACCACAGCGUCGCCGCCAUCUUUGUUGAUGUGUCAGCUCCGCGGGGGUUUGGUGAGUCCCCGCCGGAGGGAGCGCGGUGCUGACCCCGUUCUCCACCGCUGCCCUCUUCUCCACCUUCUGGUCCGCCGGACCCCGCUAUGGAUAAGUUAGUCCCUGAGUCGGAGCUUCGUCGGCCUCGUUAGGGGUGCGCCUGAGGCUCGGAGAAGUGGGAUGUAAAGCGAAGAUCAGAAACAUAUUUGAAGAAAUGCAGAGUGAAUUGGUGCCAAUCAGCAUGUCAGAGACAGAAUACAUAGCCUCAGUUUCCUCCGAUAAAAAUGUUGGGAAAACAUCUGAAUUAAAGGAAGACUUAAGCAACUCAUUUUCUGGUGAUGAAAGUAGCAGCUUAGAAAGAGAGUCCAAACUGUUGUCAUUAAACUUUGAUAAAACUUUAUGUCAGCCUAAUGAAUACACUAAUCAAACUGAAGCACAGGAAAAUUAUAUUCCAGAUGAUGGUGGAGGUGAGGAUGCUUGUGUUAAAACAAACAUAUGCCCAGAAAAUUCUGAACAAAUAGCUAAUUAUUCUGGUGGAGAUUUUACAAAGCAAGUUUCAAAAACAAAUGAAACAGAACAGACAGUAACACAGAUAUUGGUGGAAUUAAGAUCAUCUGCAUUUACAGAACCAACUAAUCAAAAGACUUACUCAGAAAGUCCCUAUGAUACAGACUGCACCAAGAAACUUACUUCAAAAAUAAAGAAUGUUUCAGCAUCAGAGGAUUUGUUGGAAGAAAUAGAAUCUGAGCUUUUAUCUACGGACUUUGUGGAAGAACAACAAGUACCAAAUGGAAUAAAUAAGGGAGAACAUGCAUUAGUUAUGUUUGAAAAGUGUGUGCAAGAUAAGUAUUUACAGCAGGAGCACACCAUAAAGAAGCUAAUUAAAGAAAAUAAGAAGCAUCAGGAGCUCAUAUUAGACAUUUGUUCAGAAAAAGACAAUUUAAGAGAAGAACUAAAAAAAAGAACAGAAACAGAGAAGCAGCAUAUGAGCACAAUUAAACAGUUAGAAUCAAGAAUAGAAGAACUUAGUAAAGAAGUUAAAGUUUCCAAAGAUAAACUAGUAGCUCAAGACUUUGCAGCUAAAAAUGCAAUUCAGCAGUUACACAAAGAGAUGGCCCAUCGGAUGGAACAGGCCAACAAGAAAUGUGAAGAGGCUCGCCAGGAAAAAGAAGUAAUGGUAAUGAAGUAUGUAAGAGGUGAGAAGGAAUCAUUAGACCUUCGAAAGCAAAAAGAGACUCUUGAAAGAAAACUUAGAGAUGCAAAUAAAGAAUCUGAGAAAAACACAAUAAAAAUUAAACAGCUUUCUCAGGAGAAAGGACGCUUGCACCAGCUAUAUGAAAUGAAGGAAGCUGAAACUACUAGACUCAUCAGAGAAAUAGACAAAUUAAAGGAAGAUAACAACUCUCACAUCAUUAAAGUGAAAUGGGCACAAAAUAAAUUAAAAGCAGAAAUGGAUUUACACAAGGAAACCAAAGAUAAACUCAAAGAAACAACAACAAAGUUAACUCAAGCAAAGGAAGAAGCAGAUCAGAUACGGAAAAAUUGUCAGGAUAUGAUAAAAACAUACCAGGAGUCAGAAGAAAUUAAAUCAAAUGAGCUUGAUGCCAAGCUUAGAGUCACAAAAGGGGAACUUGAAAAACAAAUGCAAGAAAAAUCUGACCAGCUAGAGAUGCAUCAUGCCAAAAUAAAAGAACUGGAAGAUCUGAAGAGGACGUUUAAGGAGGGCAUGGACGAGCUACGAACGUUAAGAACAAAGGUGAAGUGUCUAGAAGAUGAACGAUUAAGGACAGAAGAUGAAUUAUCAAAAUACAAGGAAAUCAUUAAUCGCCAAAAAGCUGAAAUUCAGAAUUUACUGGACAAAGUGAAAAUUGUAGAUCAAAUACAGGAGCAGCAUCAGAGAGGUAAACAAGAAAUUGAAAAUUUGAAGGAAGAAGUGGAAAGUCUUAAUUCUUUGAUUAAUGACCUACAAAAAGACAUCGAAGGCAGUAGGAAAAGAGAAUCUGAGCUACUACUGUUUACAGAAAAGCUCACUAGUAAGAAUGCACAACUUCAGUCUGAAUCCAAUUCUUUGCAGUCACAAUUUGAUAAACUGUCUUGUAGUGAAAGUCAGUUACAAAGCCAGUGUGAGCAAAUGAAACAGAUGAAUAUUAAUUUGGGAAGUAGAUUGUUGAAGGAGGAAGAACUGCGAAAAGAUGAGGUCCAGACGCUACAAGCUGCACUCACUUGUAGACAAACAGAAGUUAAAGCAUUGAGUACCCAAGUUGAAGAAUUAAAAGAUGAAUUAGUAACUCAAAGACGGAAACAUGCCUCUAGUGUCAAGGAUCUUACCAAACAACUUCAGCAAGCACGAAGAAAAUUAGAUCAGGUUGAGAAUGGAAGCUAUGAUAAAGAAGUCAGCAGCAUGGGAAGUCGUUCUAGUUCAUCAGGGUCCCUUAAUGCUCGAAGCAGUGCUGAAGAUCGAUCACCAGAAAAUACCGGGUCAUCAGUACCUGUGGAUAGCUUUCCAGAAGUAGACAAGACCAUGUUGAUUGAGAGGAUAGUAAGGCUGCAAAAAGCACAUGCCCGGAAAAAUGAAAAGAUAGAAUUUAUGGAGGAUCACAUCAAACAACUGGUGGAAGAAAUUAGGAAAAAAACAAAAAUAAUUCAGAGUUACAUUUUACGAGAAGAAGCAGGCACACUUUCUUCUGAGGCAUCUGAUUUUAACAAAGUCCAUUUAAGCAGACGGGGUGGCAUCAUGGCAUCUUUGUAUACAUCCCAUCCAGCUGAUGGUGGAUUAACACUGGAACUCUCUUUGGAGAUCAACCGAAAAUUACAGGCUGUUUUGGAAGAUACAUUGCUAAAAAAUAUUACUUUGAAGGAAAAUCUGCAAACUCUUGGAACAGAAAUAGAGCAUCUUAUUAAACACCAGCAUGAACUAGAACAGAGGAUGAAGGAAACCUAACAGCACGAACCUCUUACUUGGUAAACGGAAGGCACCAAGGGGCAGGUGCCACAGCUCGGUGUCCUUGGAAACAUUUCCCUGCUUUGCGUGUCAGCCAGUAAAAAUUUCUUUUGCUUCAUCUGUAUAAAAAAGUAUCCUUUUACAAUAUGAAGCGUUGCUGUGUAUACUGUAAGAGUGUAAGUCUUGAUGAAAUUUGGUUUUGUAUGGUAACAGCCUGUCAGUGAAUCAGAGCAACUUAACUCAAUUUGCUAAUAGUCAUAUGAAGUGCUGAACAUUACUAUAAGGGCUUUUGAAAACACCAUCUCCAAUUUCUUCCCUUUAAAAUAUACAAUGUCAAAAAUGAUUCAGCUUUUUAAAAUUAUGCAUGAAAGAACAGGUGUUAUUCAUUCAGUAAUGCUUGUUCUCCAACAUGAAGAAAUCUAAAGAAAUGAUCAAAAUUUUUGCUUUUGACAUUCCAGUAUAACAUUUGGCUGUAUUUUCAGGAUGCCAUUGAGUCCUCGAAUCUUUUAGUUUUAAUGGAAGUAAUAGGAAAGGUAGCUGUAACUGGCAGCGACCAAGCAUCCUGUACCUCUCUGUCAGGUUUCCUCUCCUGUGCUAGGUACAUCUUCUGAGAUUCGAAUUGUCUAAUAGUUCAGUUUUUUAAAUCUUUAGUUAUAUAAAAUAUGAUUUACAUUAACAUGCUUAUUUAGAAAAUUUCUGUGGACUUCAGUUAUAUUUUAAUAUGUGAAAUUGUUAGUCAUUAGAACAGAGAGAUGAAUAAUGAAUUCUUUGAAACUGAAAUUGCAAAUGUUUUAUUGACAUGAAAUAUAAAGAUAAAUGCCUAAGAUAUUUAUGAAGAACCAGUUCCCAAGAGAAUUCACACUACGACUCUGUUAUCCAUUCAUUGAGCACUGUUCUUUACUUUGGUACAAUUAUAUAUUAUAGUGGAAUGAUCUUACAGUCCCCAAAUGUGAUGUUUUUCAGUAUAUUUAUUUAAAACAAAGUAAUUACAUGUCUGUAACCAAUGGAAUUUUAGAGGCAAAUUUAAGUAUCCUGAUGAAUUUUUACAAUAUUUACUUAAGAUGUGCACUUAAGUGUUGCCUACCAUACUAUCAAUACUUUUAUGUCAUUGAAAUUUUUUCUCUCCUCUCAUAAUUUCUGUGAGGUUUAUCACAUUUCAUUAUAUUCAGGUCAUUUUUCUAAUUAACCUUGGAUUAUAUGUAGAUGUAGCAAGCCUCAUCUUUGUUCUGGAAUUUUUAUCCUUUUUUCUCCCACUAAGAGAAGUAAGCUUUGGGGUGAUGGAUUAAAGGCCUUUAAAGAAUGAUGUGGCUCUAAAAGUCAGGCUCAUGUUGGCUGUGUCCCUUAAAUGUGUUUUAAUUUUUGAAAAAUCAACUUGACGUUGUUUAAAAAGGUCACUUAGUAAGGAUUAGGUGAUUGAAUGAGGUGUCUUAUUUUUCCUGUAUUUGAGUUACAUAUUGCCAUCCAAAAAAUCUUUUCACUUCAAAAUGGAAAUAAAAGUUCAAGAACAUUUUAUUUUUAAAUUAGCUAUAAAAAGUAUUAGUUUUACCAUAAUGUGUCUUGUUCUUUUUGCCAAUAAUAAUUUAUCAAAAUAGAGAAAAUAAGAGGAUAAGUGCAAUCAAAUCUUAAUUAUUUUCCCAUUUAUUUCUAGACAUACUAUUGAUUCUCCUAAAUAUCACUUAAAGUAGCCAACAUAACUACAUGUUUAUGGCUACUAGAUUCAUAUAUUGUAAUAUUAAUUUUUUUCCUCCAAGACACAAAAUGUAUUAAUGGAGACCAAACAUUGAUUAGAUCCAUAGUAUCCUAUGUCUAUAUGCUUUUUAUAAAAAUAAACUCACUUAUUUCAUAUAAAAAUGAAGUACUCCAAUAUUAACAUUUGUGCCACCAUUCAUUUGGAGAAAUAUAAUGGUGAAACAGUUUUAGAAGAAAGCUAUUAAAAACUAUUUUGACUUACUGUUCCUUUUUUUCCUGUAAAUGUAAGAAACUGAGACACUUUUGAAGAAAAUGCUUUAUUUCUAUUUUAUUCUUCAGUUUCUGUGUACUGUUAUCUUUUUUUUUUACUUAUGUACACAGAGUAGGACUGAGCAAAGUAAUGUAUGAAAAUGUGCACAAACUGAUUCACAAAUAGCUCCUGAAUAAGGGUUUAAAGGGCCUUCCAGUCUUACUUUAUUUAAUACCUGAGGAGAAGAAUGGAGUGUCUGGAAAAGGAAAAUGGUCUGGAAAAACCUGAGAUCUGGAGGAUAAUUUGUUUUAUUUUAUAGGUUCAUCAUUGAACACAUCAAAGUCUGUUUUGGUUACUUAGUACUGUUCUGAUUUAUUUGAGCACACAUGAUUUUGUGUGUAUAUAUGUAUACACUUCACUAGGUUUUCAUUUUAAAGUGAAUACUUACUGUGACUUUUUUUCCAUACUACUUCAAGGUUUAGCCUGUUAAGCAUUAAAAAUUAAAAGUGGUGGGUUUGGGCAGAAGAUUGAGUUUUGAAUGCUAUUGAUUUUGGUUUUGUUUUUAUCUUUUUAACUUUCUUCAUAACUAUUUAAAGCAGUUUAUCUUGAAAUUAAACUUCAUCAGGCUACAGUAUGUUAUUUUUCAUUUAAUAAACACAUCUAAAAAAACCAAUUCCCAAGCACCAUAUAAGGUACUGUGAUUAUAUUGAUGAACAGACCAGACGAAGCAGUUCCUGUCCCCAUAGGGCUUCUGGUCUAGUGCAAACAGCUGGGAGACAGCUCGGGCAGCUCUCUGAGCCUUCGCUGUGCACAGCCAGGCCCUGUGGGAAGAGUGUUUGUGCAAGUAGGUGUCCCAGAAAUCUCCCUUUGGCCUGAAGCUUUGGGAAAUGAAUCCUUGCUGAGGUGCACUGUGAACAGAUUGCUGUUCUCAUGCUAGUUCUGCACAUUUCCUAACUUUUAUCACAGUUUGAUAAUUAAUUAUUCUUUAAGAGAAAAAAAAAAUCCAAAGACCAUAAAAUGGCAUUCAAUUUUUGUCACUUUAGUAAAUUAUUAAUGCCUACUGGAUGCUUGUAAAGAUGAAUCUAUUCAUGUUGUAUGUUUUCCAAACUUCGUUUUGAAGUAUAUUUUCUAAAAAAUUUUUACAUGUAUAUUUAGACCAAGAUUUACCAGUAGGAAAAAAAAAUCACAAACCAUUGAUACUGUAAAAGUUAUAUAUGCUAUCCUAGUGAAAAUACUUUUAUUAAUCAUGUUGCUGUCCAGUAUGGUUAAUUUGCCUUAUGAAUGUUGACCCCAGUAGUCUCCUUUUCAGUUACCUUUUUAAAACAAAAUUCUUUUUUUGACACGAAGAUUGUUAAUUUUUAACACCAGUUGGUGGCACUAGAAACUCUAAAUUUUUCAAGGGUGAAUAAGAGAAAAUAACUGAAAGAGUAUCCAAACAUGAAUUUUCUGAAAAAUAAAUGAAAAAUAACUGUAUAUUAAAGAUGUAUUUUCUUCUGGAAUGGAAUUCUUUUUACAAAUGCUUAUGGCUGUCCAUAGUGGCUACAACAAUGUUCAUAUAUAUCUGUGUGUGUAUGUGUGUAUUGUACAGAUAAUCUUUAAUUUGAUUACACUGUCCAUUUUAUAAAUAUGUUUCUGUAUAAAAUGAAGCUUUUCAAGAGAAUUCUAUGUAUAUAUUGUACUUAUUAAAUAGAUAAUGCCUGUUUACUAA